GGCCUCCUCCCCGCCGUGCUCCCGCGGCUGUCGCCGUGGGCAUGCGGGCGCGGCCUGCGCGCGCGUGAGCGAGGAUGGGGACGCAGGGCAGCCCGGUCAAGAGCUACGACUACCUGCUCAAGUUCCUGCUGGUGGGCGACAGCGAUGUGGGCAAGGGCGAGAUCCUGGAGAGCCUGCAGGAUGGCGCGGCCGAAUCCCCGUACGCCUACAGCAACGGGAUCGACUACAAGACGACUACCAUCUUGCUGGACGGUCGGCGGGUCAAGCUGGAACUCUGGGACACGUCGGGCCAGGGCAGGUUCUGCACCAUCUUCAGGUCCUACUCCAGGGGCGCACAGGGGAUCCUCCUGGUAUAUGACAUCACCAACCGCUGGUCCUUUGAUGGCAUUGACCGCUGGAUCAAGGAGAUUGAUGAGCAUGCACCUGGGGUCCCCCGGAUCCUGGUUGGGAACCGGCUGCACCUGGCCUUCAAGCGGCAAGUCCCAACGGAGCAGGCACGCGCCUACGCAGAAAAGAACUGCAUGACCUUCUUCGAGGUCAGCCCAUUGUGCAACUUCAAUGUCACCGAGUCCUUCACUGAGCUGUCCCGUAUUGUGCUCAUGCGGCAUGGCAUGGAGAAGAUCUGGAGGCCCAACCGAGUGUUCAGCCUGCAGGACCUCUGCUGCCGUGCCAUCGUCUCCUGCACUCCCGUGCACCUCAUCGACAAGCUCCCGCUGCCUGUCACCAUCAAGAGCCACCUCAAGUCUUUCUCAAUGGCCAAUGGCAUGAACGCUGUCAUGAUGCAUGGGCGCUCCUACUCAUUGGCCAGUGGGGCGGGGGGUGGUGGCAGCAAGGGCAACAGCCUCAAGAGGUCUAAGUCCAUCCGCCCACCCCAGAGCCCGCCCCAGAACUGCUCCAGGAGCAACUGCAAGAUCUCCUAGCGGGGGAGACAGGCACCGCCCAUCGGACACAUUUAGGGAGUGUGGGGAAGCUCCUUGCUGGGCGCUGGGGCAGCACCAGGUGCAGGGAAGACUUUGGCCGCAGGACCCCUCCUGGAGGCAUGGGGUGCACCUGGCAGGCAGGUGGUCUCAGCCAGAUGAGCCCUGUAGGAAGCUGUGCUUCGAAACAAGCCCAAGUCCCCACAUGUUCUCCUUGGUUCCACCUCGAGGGAACUGUCCUGGGGUCCUGCAGGGCCUGGCUCACUUUCUUAUUUAUAUAGAAGACAUUUCACCACUUUUAUACCUUUUUAAAGGGCCGACAGGGAAGCCUUAAUGCAGCCAUGAAAUGAGCUCAUGUCCGCUUGUGGGGAUGACCUUUAGGACAUUGGAGAGGGUGGGACUGGAAUAAAGAUGGGAAGGAAUCCGCCAUCACACUUCACGUGGGGUGUGGGCUAUGCAGGGGCCAGUGGGGACACAUUGAGCUUUGGGCAGCAAUCUCAGACCUCGCUACCCAUCCCGGCCUUUCUGAGCAUGGUGGCUAGUGUGCCUACCACACCGCACUGAGCAGUGUACGGGUUUGGGCCCAGCAGUCUGCAUAGUGGGGCUGCUGCUUCCUGGAAGAUGUUCCUGUGUGUCGUGGAACCAUGGACUCCAAGCAGAGUGUCAGUGUUUCUGGGAGAAGUGGGGUGCACCCCACAUCCCCCCCUGCAUGGAGGCACCUUUGGUCAAUUUUACAUAUGUUGCUCCAUGAGAUGGACUCAGCAUCUCUGUGAAGAUGCAGAGCUGUCUGUAGGUGAUAAAUACUUGAGGGGCUGCCAGGCACUCUGCAGAUUUGGACUGAGUCGUGGCCCACUCGCCUCUAGGCACCUGGACCCCAUUCUUGCCAGCUUGUUCCCUGACCUUGGGUAUCAACCCAUAGCUGCUCCUGGCCUGGCAUUGCCCCUCUUUGAGGUCACGUCACCAGAACCGUUCUGACCCAGUUCUUAGUGAUGCCACCUGGAGCAGUCACAGCAGUGAACCUCCUCCAUGGCCCAGCAGCCAGCCUGAGCUGGAGGCCUUGCUGCCUCCUGCCUGCCUGGCUGGUGACAUUGCCACCAGUCACACCGGUGCUCAACUCUACCUCCUGCUGGGCUCUCCCUGGGCCUGAGAUCCCCUCACUCUGAGACUCCUCUGUGGUGGGUGUCCCAUGGGGGAGGGAGCCCAAUGCCUGCUAUACUGGGAGGCCAGGUGGGAAGGGGGUCUGUUGCCCUUGUGAUCCGGUUCACCUGGGGACCCUGGCCAUCAGCAGGGUCAGGCAGAGGAGGCCCUGCCUGUCCUGUCCUGCCAAUAGAGACCCUUUCUUUGUACUUUGAACCAAAUAACAUGGACUUUAUUGUGAGGGUGUGGACGGUCCUGCGUUCACCUCAUAAACACUACCCUUUGCUGCUGACACUCACACCAUUCCUGAGCUCAUUUUGGACGGUUUUUUUUUCUUUGUACAGUAAAUGUAAUUAAGCUCUGAUCUCCAGGCUACAUUUUAUGUGAAUUAAAGUCUCUAGU